AUGGCACACUGUCGUCACCAUCCACUCGUGCUGCUUUGUUCACUCUUUGUGUUCCUUCCCUCGAUCCUCGCCCAGACCGCCGACUUCAACUUGCCUCUCAGGGCUAUCAACCUCGGAAAUUGGCUCGUCACUGAGGGGUGGAUGAUGCCUUCUCGGUUCGAUGGGCUCAUUGGACAGCUCUUGGAUGGGGCUCAAGUGCAGUUCAAGUCGACGCAGCUGAAAAAAUUCCUGUGCGCUGAAGGCGCCAACAUAGUCAUCAAUCGCGACCGGGCCGCUGGCUGGGAAACUUUCAGGCUGUGGAGGAUUUCCGACACUAAAUUCAACAUCAGAGCUUUCAACAAGAAUUUCGUUGGAUUGAAAGACAAAAAAAUAGUGAUUGCAGAAGUUUAUGGUACUCCGAGUGCCUCGGAAACUUUUGAAAUUAUAAGGAACCCGAACCGUCCCAAUCGAGUGCGACUCCAAGCAUCUAAUGGGUUGUUUCUCCAGGCAAAAACACCGACAUCAGUGACAGCAGAUUAUAAUGGAGAUACGAAUUGGAAUGAUAAUGACCCGUCCAUCUUCGAUAUAAACAUUGUUGGUGGCUUACAAGGCGAAUACCAGAUAACAAAUGGCUAUGGCCCCAGUACUGCCCCACAACUCUUACGGGAUCAUUGGAAUAAUUACGUUACCGAGCAGGACUUCCGAUUUAUGGCGACCAAUAAUGUAACUGCCGUGAGGAUUCCGGUAGGAUGGUGGAUUGCAUAUGAUCCAACACCGCCGAAGCCUUUUGUGGGAGGCUCGCUGUAUGCACUGGACAUGGCUUUUACAUGGGCAGAGAAUUAUCGUAUGAAGGUAAUAGUUGAUCUCCAUGCUGCUCCAGGGUCGCAAAACGCCGAAUCUCAUAGUGCGACGAGGGAUGGAUUUGUGGAAUGGGGUGACUCUUACAUUCAGGAGACUGUGAAAGUUAUAGAAUUCCUGGCAGCAAGAUAUUGCAACCGCUCAGCAUUGGUCGCAAUUGAGCUGAUGAACGAGCCUCGAGCCCCAGAUGUCAAGUUGAAUGAUCUUAUUGAUUACUACCGGUUAGGUUAUGAGGCUGUGAGGAGGUACACUAUGGAUGCUUAUGUGAUCCUGUCCAACCGGUUGGGACCAGCAGACCCACUAGAGCUCUUUCAAUUUGUGAGAGGCUUGAGCCGAGUGGUUAUCGAUGUACAUUACUACAACCUCUACGAUCCGAAGUUUAAGCAGUGGAAUCUGCAGCAGAACAUUGGCUACAUCUAUGUCGAUAGAGAGAAUGAUCUGAGCAAAAUAACCCAAAAAAGGGGCCCCUUGAGCUUUGUUGGGGAAUGGACCUCCGCAUUGGACUUCGAUGGGGCAACAAAGGAGGAUUCGGGGAGAUUCGCCAAGGCCCAGCAAGACGUGUACAGGCAGGCCACUUUCGGGUGGGCGUAUCGGUCUUAUAAGUGCCACUACGAUACCUGGAGUCUCGAACAGAUGAUUGAAGACGGUCUUAUAAAGAUCGUAGCUUGAUUCUGUUCCGUAGUUCGUCAUGCUCAUCAAGCGAGUCAUGUCAUCAUGAGUACUAAGAAUAAAAGGUUUCGGAGC